AUGGCGCAAAAGCUUCUCGACACCAUCUCCUGCUCCCACCCUAUAUCCCUCGACCCCGAAUUGCUGUUCGAUAUACAACCGCAUCUAGCCCAUACUAGCACGUGUGUCUUGUCUCGGAUACACAAGGUUUACGAUUCACACAAGGUUCGCGAUUCACAUAAGGUUCAUGAUUCACACAAGAUUCAUGAUUCACACAAGGUUCAUGAUUCACACAAGAUUCAUGAUUCACACAAGGUUCGCGAUUCAUACAAGGUUCACGAUUCACAUAAGGUUCAUGAUUCACACAAGAUUCAUGAUUCACACAAGGUUCAUGAUCUACACAAGAUUCAUGAUUCACACAAGGUUCGCGAUUCAUACAAGGUUCACGAUUCACAUAAGGUUCAUGAUUCACACAAGAUUCAUGAUUCACACAAGGUUCACGAUUCACACAAGGUUCAUGAUUCAUACAAGGUUCACGAUUCACAUAAGGUUCAUGAUUCACACAAGAUUCAUGAUUCACACAAGCUUCACGAUUCAUACAAGGUUCACGAUUCACAUAAGGUUCAUGAUUCACACAAGGUUCAUGAUUCACACAAGAUUCAUGAUUCAUACAAGGUUCACGAUUCACACAAGGUUCACGAUUCACACAAGGUUCACGAUUCACAUAAGGUUCACGAUUCACAUAAGGUUCAUCAUUCACAAAAGAUUCACGAUUCACACAAGGUUCACGAUUCACACAAGAUUCAUGGUUCACACAAGGUUCAUGGUUCACACAAGGUUCACGAUUCACACAAGGUUCAUUAUUCACAUAAGGUUCACGAUUCGCACAAGGUUCAUGGUUCACACAAGGUUCACGAUUCACACAAGGUUCUUGAUUCACACAAGGUUCUUGAUUCAUACAAGGUUCAUGGUUCACACAAGGUUCAUGAUUCAUACAAGGUUCAUGAUUCACACAAGGUUCAUGAUUCAUACAAGGUUCAUGAUUCAUACAAGGUUCAUGAUUCACAGAAGGUUCACGUUUCAUACAAAGUUCAUUAUUCACACAAUGUUCACGAUUCAUACAAGGUUCAUGAUUCAUACAAGGUGCAUGAUUCACACAAGGUUCACGGUUCACACAAGGCUUACGAUUCACACAGGGUUGAAGAUUCACACAAUGUUCAUAAUUCACACAAGGUUCACGAUUCACACAAGGUUCACGAUUCAUACAAGGUUGAAGAUUCACACAAGGUUCAUGAUUCACACAAGGCUCAUGAUUCAUACAAGGCUCAUGGUUCACACAAGGUCCAUGAUUCACACAAGGUUCAUGAUUCAUACAAGGUUCAUGAUUCACACAAGGUUCAUGAUUCACACAAGGUUCAUGAUUCACACAAGGCUCAUGGUCUCAAGCAAAAACCCGAGAUCCAAAGGUGUCUGAGACAGAAAUCAAGACUCAAGCACUCGAGACCAGAUAAAAAGAGAACUUAA